AUGUUUUCCCUCCGCACAGCUCUUCUCUGCCUGAUGGCUGCCUCUGGAAGCGUCUACGCUGAGCAUCUCAAGGUGGUCUGGUCCGCUGGUGACUUCUCCUCAAUCUCCGGUCCUGCCGGUGGCAACACCAAUGGCCACUACUCCGGCUUUGCUAUUAUCAACGACGCCGGUGAAGCUAUCUAUGACCAAGGCUUCCCUGACGACCACUCUCCCUGCUACAACACUGGCGAUGGCCGCGAGUUCACCAUCGAGGGUGACUGCUGGAGCACCCCACGCAAGUUCAAGUGCAAGGCUGAUUUUGCAGGCCAUCCUGAAACAUGCGAGGUCAAAGACGGUGAUGGAAAUAGCCUCGGUACCGGUGAAGGACAGGAGGAUACCACUUUCAUUGGUAUCUCUAUCGGCCAAGACGCUAGCUGUGUCGUUGAAUUCGAUUCUGACAGCGAUGGCUGCCCCGUUGAUGACGGUAACGGUCCUCUUCACGUCACCUCUGGUUAA